CUACGAAAUAUUUGUCGUGCUGGAUGUCAAUGUCAUUCUGCAAGGACUUGAACCUGACACUGACAUCACACUAUUUUCUGGCCCUAAAAGAGGUUAGGUUCUCGUAAAGUUUUUAGAAUACCUAAAUUAAAAAUCAUUUCGAUUUAAUAAAGGUGAAUUGACAUCUUAAUAAAAAAACUGCAUACGUUAGGUAAUUAGAAUAACUGCGAUAUGUACACCAAUGUCACAAUAACUAGGCAUUGGACAAGAUUAGCUUCACUAUGUCGGUCAUUAGCUACUAUAGAAGGACAGACGCUGCCACAAAGUGGCAAGUCAAGUGAUGGAAUCUCUCCACCGACUAGAAUUCCUAGAGGACCCACAGACAUUCUCCAGGCAUUGGCUGCUACUGUUGGUCCUGACCCGACCGCUGCUCAUUACAAAUACCAUGAUGAUCCAUACUUGAUUCCUCUGUCUAAUUACCGCAAAAGAGCCUACGCACUAUCUUCAGAGGCAGGGCGCAAAGCUGCAGCUUGGGUCCGAGAUGAACAUGCAGACCUGUUCACAACUCGAGAGUGGGACCCGCCGGGCAAAAUGAAGACACCAUAUUUCAAUGCUGAUCCCAAAAUAGAGGCAUUUGCACCUAAACCAAUUUAUAAUGAUGAGAGUAAGGUAACAGAAGAUGACUUGAAAUACACCAUAAAAAAUGCACUUCUGGAAGAUUCUAUCAAAAUUUUCUCACUUCUGGGUGGUGUUCAAGGAGUGAGUGACCAGUUGAAGAUAGAAUUUCUCCAACUUCUUUGUUUCUACAAUGAGAAGGAGCCAGACUCGGUGGAAUGGCUGGAGGAAAGGUGGUUUUCCGCCAACACUCGUGACCGACAAGCUGCCACAUGGAAAAUUGGUGGACUAGCUGACAAAAUAUUUGAAUCACUGGAUCCAAAAACUUCUGAAGCCUACUGUGCUAUUAUUCAAGGAAUGGCUAAAUACUAUCAGGCUGAGCGAGCUCACAUGCUUUGCCAAGAAGCUAUUGAGAAAGGUUUUCAGCUGUCUACCAGUGUGUACAACGCUCUGCUGGGCUGUGUGGGGUUCCUGAAAGAGGGGACUCAGCUACGUGCUGAAGCCCUCAGGUCUUUGCUUCAAGAGAUGAAUCAGCAGGGUAUAUUCCCAGACGAGGCUACACUAUCAGCUUGCCUGCGGUCCAUAUCAGCGUGGGGCGGCGGCAGGAUGCUGCAAGACCUCGCCUUAAAAAUUGUGGCAGAGUUCAGACAAAUCGGCAUCGAGCCGGGACUCUCGGCGUAUUACUAUCUGUUGUGCUUGUUUUGUAAAGAACGUGGUCCCCGCCUCGACAUAUUAUCUGGCAUUUUAAAUGAACUGGAAAAGAAAGAGACUUUGGUAGCUAAAGAACCCACAGACACGAACUUUUUCAUCACUGCUAUGGGAGUUUGUAGUGAUCAUUUACAGGAUAUCAACAUGGCCGAGCGUUUACAUGCACUUCUAAUGAAAGGAGAUAAUUACAAGCUGGUUGGUGACGCGUAUAAAGAGAGCAUUUACUACCGGCAUCUAGUCACAGUCGCGUGCAGGCAUGCACCAUUCGAGCGCACUACUGAAUUGUUGGACACACUGAUUCCAAACGUGUAUGUACCUGAACCCUCUGUCAUGGAGGAGAUAAUAAAAACUCUAGAAGUGGCUGGUGCCGGAGACCGCCUGGCGCAGGCGUGGUCGCAGCUGGUCGUGUUCGGCCACGCCAAGCGGGCCAGGCUCGUGGACAAGCUGCUUGCCGCUAUGUGCAGCUGUUACCAAUACCAAGAUGAAGAAGUUAAGUCAAAGAUGCGAACUGCCGCCGCGGAUAUCCUGAAGUACGGUCAACUAUCAGAAGCCCAGGAGGAAGUAAAAGACCUCAGGACACCAGUACAAAAAAUAUCAGCCACGUCCCUCUCGAACAUAAUUGAAUUGUGUUCCGACUCGCAAGACAAAUCUGACCCAGGCUGGGAGAGCGUGGUGGUGGCGCUACAGAAAUUGCGGGGGUCGGAGGCGGUCGGGGUUCCACACAACCCUCAAGUAUUGGCUGAAGUGGCGGACAGAGCUGCCAGAGUGGGAAAAGCGGGAAUUGCUGCGGCAUCAGUCUCUUACCUCGCCGAGUGUGGAUUCGAAGAGGCUUCCACCGCCAGUAUACAAGUGUUGGCCACCAUGCUGAACAGGUCUGACGAGGAAGUACACCAACUGUUGAAAGAAGACAGGAGUGCCCUGGCUUCUACUCUUCAACCUUCAGCACUUGCAGUUAUAGACGCUUUCCAUUUAGCAAAGAACGGCGUUCCCGCCCCGGAUCGUGAGGCCGACUCCUCUACCAGCUCCGAUAGUGAUAGUGAGUCUUCAGAUGAAGACAAAUGAUGUAUUUAUGUAGUAUUAGUUCAGUAGUGUAACUAGUUAAUAAAGUAUUUACUAUUUAUAGAAUAUUUAUUAAUGGUAAUUCGUAUCGAAGAGUCCAACUGUGAAGACAAAAAAGGAACAUAAAAAUAAAUUCACAAGAAGAGUAAGUACAUAAUACCUUAAACGCUUGUGGACUAUUGCUAUAUAUCACACAUUUUUGUUAAAACAAAUAAAUCUUCUCGGUAAUGAUUUGGAAGUCUGUAACCCUCAAAAAGUGGGGACAACAACAUUACCUGUCUUAAAUAAUUGAAAAUAGAGCUUUACAUUAUAUUUUUAGAAAUUGAUACCACGUGCACUGGUGUGAUAGUGAUACGUUUACCAUUUAUUGGUAUGAGCUACUUUAAUCAAAACACUCAGACGUUUCACCUGACAUAAU